AUGGUGGUAGAGGUGGAUCCAAGCAUCCUUGCUCUGGACAAGGUGCGGAAGGCAGUGGAGGAUCGGUUCCUGGAUGUGUCAGUCAGUGUGAGAGAGGCUGCGAUUGACCUGGUUGGGAAGCACAUCAUUGGAUACCCAGAAGUUGCGCUGAAGUAUUACAAUACCAUCACAGAGCGCAUCCGAGACACCGGUGUAAGUGUGCGAAAGCGAGUCAUUCGUAUUGUUCGGGAGCUUUGCUUGCAACAUCGUGGCUUUCCCCAUGCAGCAGAGGCUCUGGCACGCAUCUUCACCCGAUUUACUGAUGAGGAGGCUAGUGUUCGUGACUUGGUCCUCAAGACCUUCCAUGAUGUCUGGUUUGAGGGAGCAGCUUCAACCACUACUGUGGCCAACACUGACGGCUCAGCUGCUGUUGGUUGGGGCACCUCAAAGGUUUCAGAAGAAGAGUCAGAGGAGAAAAAGGUGGCUGCCAUAGCUGGGCAACUUGUGGAGAUCUUGCGGACUCAGAAGUGCCAUCAAACCAUAGUCUCAAUCAUCAGGCGGAGUUUGGAGAUCAGUGACGAAGCUGCAGACAAGAAAUGUGAUGCACAGAAUGGAGUGUUGGCUACAUCAUCUUUCUCCGCGACCUCCUUUGCUCCCCUCUCCGCUCAAGCCGGUGGACAACAGAGGCCUUUUGUGAGGAUGCGCUGUGAAGCUAUCUGCCGGUAUCUUCUUGACCAGGUCCUAUUGUCACAAGAGCGGGAAUCGGAUGAGUUUGCAGCACUUCCGUUUGUGAUGGCCCUCCAAGCAUUUUGUGAAGUGGAUGCUACACUGUGCACUCCACCUGUGGAUCCAAGCCGGUUCGCAACCACACUGCUUCCAUACCUGACAACAACACAGGAUGACAGGAGCAAUGGUGAUGUCAAGAGGGCCGAACGGCAGGCCCGACUUGCCUGUCUGUCAGAGUCCAUUGUUCGGGUGAUAGCAGGAAUUCUGGCACAUCUUCGCCGGCCACCAUCAUCUCUUGUCACUGAGCUGGAUCAGGUCCUUGCAUGCUUGAUCAUCAGCAGCAGCUUCAUGAACCUUGUUCAUGUCUCCAUCAGGUGUCUUUGCACUCUCCAGAUUGUCUCACCACGGCCUCUGAAGUCGUUUCAGCUGCUUGUUCCCCGAUUUUACCGCGCACUUACCAACCCCAACGAGAGCAAAUUUCAUUGGCGCAGCCUUUUUGCACUUGGCCUUCUGUGCCGCUACGGCGCCAACGAAAUUGAAGCCCUAGAGCCCUCGCUUCCAAUCCCAUCUAUCCUUUCUGUUUUCAAGUCCUUCCUCUCGUCUCCUGAAGAAGAGCUUCAGCAGCGUGCCCUCCAGGCCUUGGGUUUCGCUUUUAUUGCACGGCCGCAAGAAAUGGUUACGGAGGAUGCUGCCCAGAUUUUUGGAAAUGCACUUCACAUGGAGGCCCCAAGCAAGCAGAAGGUGCAAGUUCUGAGGAGCUUUCAAGAGUAUUUGACGGAUGUGGAGGAGAAGAUGGUGGAGCAGAAUCGCCGGAAACUUCAAACCGAAGCAGCAGCAAAGAAGGCACAAGACGCUGCCAGGCAUCAAAACACGGGAGAACUUCAGGAAGAAAGCGCCGAAGGAAUUGGAGCAGGUGGAAGUUGCAGUGCUGCUGGGGUUGUGCCUGUGGCUGCAGGUGCGGGGGACACAAAUGUGUGCAGUGGAGUCAUUCAGCAGCAUUGGGAAGCGAUCUUGCAGUGCUGUAUGGACAUGGAUCCGGACGUGAGACAAACAGCACUGAAGGUGAUUGCAACCUUUCCGUUUGCUCUCCCUGACGAGCCACUCUUCCUGGUUCAUCACAUCAGUCGUGUGGCCCACAUGAGAGGUGGCUCUCUUCAUUCUUCCAUCAAGUACCUCUUCCGACCAUCAAGCCCGCUCGGACCGUCUGUCACAUCUGCUGUCAAGGCGAUUGAAGAGGAGCAAGCAGCCCGGUGUGGGAAUGCAUAUCGCAUUACUGAGGAGGAGGAAGACGAUGAGGAAGUGGGAGGCUCUCAGCCUAUCGAGAUCACCAUUCCUGAAGGAGCAUCCUGCUGUGGGAAUGAUCCACAGGAGCAGCAGGCCUUUCUUGAUGGAGCUCUUCGAAGGCUCAAGGUAGUGUUGGGAAGGGCAUCUUAUUAUCUGGAAGGCAGAGUGACAAGAGUGUGUGAUUGA